AUGGGCUCCCUUCCACCUGAACGACGUUUAUCCGUCAGCACUGUCUGCAUCAUUGGAGCAGGUCCAAGUGGCCUUGCGGCGGCGAAAUACCUCCUCGCCGAGCACGCCUUCUCCCGAAUCGUCGUAUACGAGCAGCGCGCAACCGUUGGCGGCAUAUGGAACUACGUGCCUUUCGACUCGACUGCGUCUCGAGACUUCGCUGUGCCGCAAACGAACCCAUUCGCCGGCAGGGAUGAGCCGAUAUGGCGGAAGAGCAAUGCAGGCAAGCUUUUGGACGAGGAAACGCGGCAAGAGGCAGCGUUCAUGUCGCCGUUGUAUGACCGGUUGGAGACCAACAUUCCACGUGGACUGAUGGGCUUCUCCGACUUGCCAUGGCCGGAGAACUGUCAGCUCUUCCCGCAACAUCAGCGGGUAUUGGAGUAUAUCGAUCGAUACGCGGAGGACGUGCGUCAUCUGAUACAAUUUCGCACCCAGGUGCUCGACAUUCGAUUGACGAAGCAGGAGAGGUGGGUGGUGAAGACGCAAAGGAUCACUCAGGGCGAGACAGGUACUAUCGAGGAAGAGGAGUAUGACGCUGUGAUAGUGGCGAACGGACAUUUCAACGUACCGUACAUACCGGAAGUGCCCGGCAUCGAGGAGUGGAACAAGGCAUAUCCGGGCACUAUCUCGCAUUCAAAGUUCUAUCGUAGACCUGAAGAGUACACCGGCAAGAAGGUCAUCGUAGUCGGCAACAGCGCAUCGGGAAUCGACAUCGGCGCACAGAUACAGGAAACGUGCAAGCCACCGUUGCUUCUCUCCUCCAAGUCGGAAUCAUUUCUGGUCAACGCGCCCUCGCCCACUAAGCUAGACAAGCCGCCGAUCACCGAGUUCAUCAUCGCUGACCGCACCGUCCGCUUCGCUGAUGGUAGCGUCGAGUCGCACAUCGACGCCGUUUUGUAUUGCACCGGCUACUUCUAUUCGUUCCCUUUCCUCGACUCGCUUUCUCCGCCCUUAAUAACGACGGGCGAGCGAGUGGAGAACCUAUAUCAACACAUCUUUUACCGGCCUCAUCCCACGCUCGCACUUCCGGUGCUGAACCAAAAGGUCAUUCCUUUUCCGCUUGCUGAAGCACAGUCGGCAGUGAUUGCGCGGGUCUUUUCCGGCCGACUGUCACUCCCCGAAGAGCCGGAGAUGAGGCAGUGGGAACAGCGCACCAUUAAUGAGAUGGGUGACGGGAGGCAGUUCCAUGUCUUAAAGUUUCCGAAAGAUGCGGACUAUAUCAAUAUGUGCUUCGAGUGGGCCACCAGUGCGGCGGGCGGAACUCGUACCCUCCCUAGAGCGGAACUACCGCAGAACGGUGAGCUGAACGAGAACAAGACGAACGGGCAGGGGAACCAGGGUCGACCUCCACCAUACUGGGGCGAGAAAGAGUAUUGGACUCGAGAGCGCUUUCCUGCCAUCAAGAAAGCUUUUCAGGACUUUGGCGAGGAGAGGCAUAGCAAGAGGACGCUCGAGGAUGUAGGGUUCAGCUUCGAGCGGUGGAAGAUGGAGAGACAGGAGGAGGGGAAGAGGUUGCUGUGA